AUGUCCCUCUCCUUUUCCAAACUAGGCAGCAUCAUUCCUAAUUCCGAACUAUCACCAUCAUCCAACAUGGACUCCCUGCCCGAAGAAAUCCUCAUGGGCGUCAUGGACAAGCUGGACCGCAAGGCCGACCUGUCUACCAUCCUCAGCCUGCGCGGGGUCAGCCGUAAAUGGUGCCGCGUCGCGACCCCGUACGUCCACAUCGCCGUCCAGAACUACCGGCCCCAGACCGCCGACGCGCCCUGGAACUUCCACCGCUCCACCGAUCUCCUAUGCUACCUCUGCUGGAAACUCUCGCAGAAGCCGCACCUCGCCCGCUUCGUCAAGGAGGUCGCUUCCCGCCCCUGGAAGGAUGCCCUCUGGAAAUCGACCGUUGCCAAGGCGGACUUGAGCGUGCGGUACCGCGAGGCGCUCGCGGGGGUUGGGUCUGCUGUUCCGGACGACGUGAAAGCCGGCAUUGUCGCCGAGAUGCUGUACGACGUGGGCGACGCGCUGCUAGCCUUCGUGCUGAUUCUGUGCACCGACAUCGAAGUCCUCAUGGUCCCGGCUCUCGAUAGGGGAUUCGGGCCGUGGACGAGACAGGUGCUUCGAUGCGCGCACGCACAGCUCCAGGAUCCGCCGCGGGAUGGCCGAGAAGCUAUGCUCAGCGCCGUUCGAUACGUCCAGCUGGGCGACUACGUGGAUGGCUUGUGUCUCGGAGACGCCCUGCAUGUGCUUGCCCUGCCGAAGCUACAACAUCUCGAGCUUGGGAACCUGGGAGAUACUACCGUCGACGGCAGCCAGCCUUUACCACCGCACAUCCCCGAGCACCCUAAAGCUCACCUGCAGAACCGUGGCCCAGUCGACAUAACGCUCGAGUCGUGCCGUCUUAGCGGUACGGGUCUGACCACGCUACUUGCCGCAUGCGGCCGCCCGCGCUCCCUCUUCAUCAAGAUGCGAACCGGCAACGUGCAGCCCUCGCGGGCACCAUGUUUCGCCGAAGCGCUCGAGCUACACGGCCAGAACCUCGAAUUCCUGUACCUCGACACGACAGCGUUUGAGGACGGGUUAUCCAGUGCCACCGACCCCAACACCCAAGCCCCGACCCCAUGCGCCCGCUUCCUGCGCGCCCUAUCCUCCCUCACCAACCUGCAGUUCCUAGCGCUGUCCCGCGCCGACUUCCCGACGCCCGCGGACCUCGGAGCCGCGCUGCCGGUCGGGCUGCGCGAGCUGCUCGUCCUGGAAGUAAACGACGACGAAGAAGAAGGCGACGGCGCAUACCGGGAUCUAGUGCGCGGCCCGGAUACCCCGAGGCUCGAGCGCGUCGUAUGCCAGCGCACCACGUCCAGCAACGACACGGGCGCCAUGUACGACGGCUGUCUGCGGAACAGGAAGUUACCUAACACCCGGGUGUUGGUGAAGAGCCGGUGUACGGUGUUUACGUGGUGCAUAGGCAAGUAA